ACGACCCCAGGAUGGACCAACAACGGCGAGAACGACCCCAGGACGGACCAAACCCAUGCACCGCUGCAUCCCCGCGUUCAGCGCCGACGUCCCCCGCUGUUGCCAUGCCCAAAAGAAAGGCUGAAGGGGAUACUAAAGGAGAUAAAGCCAAGGUGAAGGACGAGCCACAGAGAAGAUCUGCAAGGUUGUCUGCUAAACCUGCUCCUCCAAAGCCAGAGCCCAAGCCUAAAAAGGCCCCUGCAAAGAAGGGAGAGAAAGUCCCCAAGGGGAAGAAGGGGAAGAAGGGGAAGACCGAUGCUGGGAAGGAUGCGAAUAAUCCUGCAGAAAAUGGAGACACCAGAACAGACCAGACACAAAAAGCUGAAGGUGCUGGAGAUGCAAAGUAA